CCGAGGCCGCCUCCCUCCUCUCCACCGGCUGCCAUGAGCGAGCGCCUCCGCCCCAGGAAAAGGAGAAGGAAUGGCAGUGAAGAGGACCACCACCUCCCCCCACAGACCAAAAGGAGUAGCAGAAACCCCGUCUUUCACGAUUCCUGGGACACAGAGACACUACCUGUAACGAAAAACAAAGAAAACAGACUAAGAGGAAACAAAGUUUUCUGCGCGUCUUCAAGCAGUGACAGUGGCGGGAGCAGCAGCAGCAGCAGCAGCAGCAUCAACAGCCCGGACAGGGCCAGUGGGCCAGAAAGUAGCUUGAACCACAUCGUCACCGGGUCCAGCCCCAACACCCCUCAGCCCGCACCUGAGCAGUCUGCACUAUGCCAAGGCCUUUACUUCCACAUCAACCAGACCCUGAAGGAGGCCCACUUUCAUAGCCUACAGCACCGAGGCCGGCCUCCAACAUGAUGGGCUGGUGGUUUCUUGCCUUCUGUGAAGGGACAGCGCUGUGCAGAUUUGAUAUUUCAUCUUACGAUGUUUUAAAAAAUUGCACAAAAAAUGCCUGUUGGCUUUCCACUCUAUAUUUGAAAUAACAGGUUAACAGGCAGUUGUUUACUUGUGGUUUUGCUGCACUAUUGCAAUUUUAAAGGGGCUUUGAAGCAAUUUUUUAUAGGAUUCUUUUGAGGGUGGGUAUCAAAUCCAUGUCAAGGUAAUGGUAUGAGGAAAUCUCAUCUGCGUGUUGAGUCCAUAGUUUGUCCAAUUCAGAUUGAUUUCCAAAUCUGUCAAUUAGAAAUUCUACUUUAUGUAAAAAGGCCUUUUAAAAAUGCGGGAUCUUCAAUUUUUUAAAUUCAAUAAACUAGUAAAGAGUAUGUAGUUUCCAUGAAGAAACAUACGUUUUUUCCAAAAUAUAGACCUUGAUCAGUCUUGCACUGAAAUUGCCAUACUACCUCUUAGUAUGUAGCUGUGCGGUUGGAAAUGCUCUCCUUUGUAACAGAGUCAGUCCAGGUGAGGCUGUGUAUGCGAAGCACCCUCCCCAGUGACUGUCUCCUCUCUGUUGUGUAUUUGUAUUUCCAAGAGAAUGUCUUUCAGGUUCUUGUAUAUGCAGAUAAUUGUCACCUUAUUGCUCAGAGCCUACAUCUCCGAUUGGGUAGAAAACAUUGCAGUUCCGACAGUCAAGAAAUAUGUAAUGAUUUUUUGUCUUACAUACUUGUUCUCUCGGCAGCUUACGUGAUCUCACUGAUAAUUCUACCCUGUAGUGUCGAGAAUUGCAGCGUUGUUGAAUGCUGACAGUGUAAGCUAUUGGAACUGAUGUCUGAAGUCACAGGGCUGUGAGUCUGUUGGCCAAGGAUUCCCUUUAGAAUUGAAGUGACCCCAUUAACAGUAACUAGGGGCUGCAUUCCACCAGUGAGACUGGACAGACUAGUGUGGCUUAGAAACAGAUGAGCAGAGGCACCGUUAGUAGAAAUGAUGCAGUAGUAUUUAUUUAGAGAGUGAUGGCCAUGUCCCAUGUUACUUAGUCAUACUAGAGAGCCAACCAAGUUUGAAUAAGGAAGGCGUAGCGUCUUCGUCCUCACUGACAAACUGUCUGAAUAAGGAGCCGGGAUGCGUCGGGUCGUCUGCUCGGGAGAGUGCCGGGGGGACAACCUGCCAUGGCAUGGAGAGGAAAGUGCCUUAGAGUCCACCCAGAUCCUCCUGCCUGCUCACCCUCCGCCCCGCCCCGCCCCACCCCUCCCCACUCGGAGUGCACACAGCACACAGACCUGAGAAGCACGGGCAGCUCUAGUUCAGGGGACUGAAGAGGACAUGGGACGACUAAACUUUGCAGAUGGAACUACUGUAGGAAAGGGUAAAUCUACACCUUUCCGUGGUGGUUCCUCUACUAUGGACAGAAUGUAAAGGUCAGUUACUUGAAGUAGGAAUUUAGAAUUGGGGAGGGAAGUUACUGCACAGGCCACUGCUUACGGAGUAGAUGGUUUGUGCAAGAAUUUUUUUUUACUACCAUCUCUCAAGUUUUAAAACCAGAUGUUUGACAAGGAUUUUGGAUCUUAAUGGGUUUGUGGCAGGGAAUGUGGAAAGGAUUCAUUGCUAUUGUUUUGUCUAGCAAUAAAGUAAACAACUAAAUGCUAUAAGAAGCCAGCAUUUGAGCUCUCAAACACACAUGUAUACAACACAAUGCAGAAAUACCCAGGACUCCUCCUGCAGGCUAAUGGAUGGCAACCUCCUGAAACAAAACGUGUAUUAACAAGAAAAUGUAAAACUCAAGAAGGCAAAUUUCCUUUUUAUUUACCACCCAAGUAAAAGAAAUGGAAGAUGAAACCAUCACCAAAACCAACCUUUUCUUCCCAAACAAGUAUAACGAUAGUGCUGGGUUAGCAGUUCACUCUCUUAUCCUACAAAACCCAAGAACAACCUCUUUCCUGUCCUGCAGAUCUCCAGCCUCGGCAGCCUGAGAUCUGUUUCUAUAUGAGGCUACUUGAUAGUGUAAAUGAGCACCUUUUAAACCUCUCAGCUCAAGCUAGUAAAACCUGUACUUCUAUAUUGCGCCGCCAUUAAAAGCAGCAUUAGUGCAUUUUGUCA